AUGGCUGGAUUUUUUAGAACAACUGCGCCUACGCCUCUUCAACAGGCAAUAGAAAAAGCAACUGAUCCAACAAGUCCCACUGAAGAUUGGGGAUUGAUUAUGAAAAUAUGUGAUUAUGUUAACCAACAUGAAGACAGUGCUAAAGAAGCAAUGAAAACUAUUCGAAAACGUUUACAAGGCGGGGCAUCGAAUGGUUGGAGAUCAAUUUCAUUAACAUUAACACUACUUGAAUCGUUAACAAAGAAUUGCGGUAAACAAUUUCAUCAACAAAUUGCUAGUAAGGAUUUUCUAAAAGAAUUAAAAAAUGUUAUCGGGCCGAAAAACAAUCCACCACUGCCUGUUCAAGAAAAAGUACUUGGCAUGAUUCAGACGUGGGCAAUGGCGAUGCGUCAUGAUCCAGAUUUGAAGAUUGUUGAUCAAUUUUAUCUCGAAUGUAAGCAACAAGGUCUCGAAUUUCCAGCUGCAGAAAAUGAAAGCACAGUUAAAAACGUCAUCUCUCCAACGGGUACACUUGACCGUUCAUCGCAGGUGUCGAGAACAAUGAAUCAUACUGGUGUUGAGAGACAACCAUUUCUUUCAUCUCCUCCUCCUCAUCAACAACAGCUUGUUCCUGGCGGUCAAACUGGUGGAGGAAAUAUCCGAACGUUAACAGCUGAACAAAUAGCUAAACUACGUAGUGAGCUUGAUGUUGUUCAAACAAAUGUUCAAGUAUUUGGUGAAAUGCUUGUAACAUUGAUACCUGGUGAAGAAAAUGAGCAAGAUUUUGAAUUAUUAUCAGAUCUUUACAAAACAUGUACACAAAUGCAAGCAAGAGUUAUUGAUUUGCUUAGUCAAGUGGCAAUCGGUGAUAUAACAGCUGAUCUUCUACGAUACAAUGAUGAACUAAAUAAUACAUUCAAGAAUUAUGAAAGUUAUAUGGAACAACGUGAAAAAGUAGUUGGUCCUCGAUCACAUUCACAACAUUAUCCAAAUAUUCCAUCAUCUCAGGCAACAGCUUCUUCUAACCGCUAUCCUUCACAAACACAACAACAGCAGCAAUUACUCUCAAAGAAAUUACCAACCACAAGUGCUAGCGAUGAUCAACCUGCAUUGAUCAAAUUCGAUGAUGAAAUAACACCUGGUGCACCACAUUCUUCAACACAGUUAGCAACAGGUUUCCAAAAUAUGCGUCUCAAUCAACCUUCAGAUACUGUACCAAAACCUUUCAACUCAACUGCUUCUCAUUCGUCUGCACAUCAAAACGCCGGCGGAAUUGGAGAACCUCAGGUGCCUGAACGAGAUAUAAAAGAAAUAGAAGUUUGGCUGAAGACACAAGGUGAUAAGGAAAGCGACAAUGAAGAACAAGCAACUGAAUCUGGAACAACGCCAGCGUUUGAAAAUUUUCUUCGUAAACGUGCAUCAUCUAUCCCGGAAAAUACAAAUGAAUCUCACGUUAUUCAUCCAACACCCGCAAGUCCAAAAAAGACAGUUGCGUUUAAUGACCCAAAUAGCAGUAGUCAACUGUGA